AGAAAAAGUGCAGUACAUUUUCAUGGUACGGUCAGUACUGUUUAUUUUUGUAAUAAAGUGAACUUAACUUUUCCACUGAGUGUUAUAUUUUCAUUCAGUAGUAAUCGGUUAUUAGUAGGUGCUACCCGACUUGGUUAUCGGCGUCUGUAAGAUCCACUAUCGGUCAGCCUUUAAAAUAGAUUAAUGUGUAUGACAUGUUCUUCUUUAAUUAAUAAAGAAAUGCACUUGUUGACAACUUGCUGUGGUAUAAGGGGAAUAAAACACUUCAGAAUGUGCAGUUCUACCUUAGGGUGGUAACGGUCACUCCACUUCAUUGGAUUGUUGACUACUUUCCUAUAACCGCAUGUUUAUUCCUUACAUAAAUUAAACACAAAUCAUGUAGGGGUUCUACAUGCAUGUAAUAUUUGCACAAUCAAUAACCUAUUAGAGUAAUACAUUGUGGUAUAUAAACUGAACUUUGUGUUUGAUGUGUCUGUAGUGUCCAAAGCCCGUGGUGGUGGCAGUGCAUGGCGUGUGUGUGGGAGCAGGUCUGUUGGGAGUGUUAAGUACCAUCUCAUACACUCAGCAAACAAUAUGGAUGGAACUUUCCAGAGUUGUGGUGUCACUUUCCUGCAAAGCUUUAACCAUCAGAGAGUUAUCUUUUACUGGGGCUUUUAGCUGCAGGAGACUGAAUUACUAACAGUUUUUUUUUUGUGGAUCUGAUUUCUUCUUUCGCAGGAGUGGAUCUAAUCACAGCCUGUGAUAUUCGUCUGUGCACACAGGAUGCCUGGUUUCAGGUGAAGUCGUGUGUUGCCUGAUAGUCAAUGAUUGCUGGAGCUCUGGAAAUAGCAGGUGAGAUUGCAGGCCGGAGUCCCGUCGCUGUCCAGGGAACCAAAAUCAACCUCCUCUACUCCUGAGACCACAGUGUAACUGAGAGCCUAGACUACAUGGUAAGAAUCUGCUUAAGACAUGAAUAGCAUUUUUAGCCUCAAGGUAGACCCAUGCACACACAGUAUGGCCACAAACACAAAGUAGAGCGGUCGAAAUCUGAGAUUUCUCCUCUGCGUCUCCAGGCUACUUGGAACAUGAACAUGUUGCAGACACAGGAUCUUAUGAAGUCAGCGCAGGCAGCCCUGGAAAAGAAGAGUCUGAAAGACGUGCCCUUCUCCAAGCUUUAAAGGAGAAGAUCCAGGGAUGUUGAAGCUGUGGUGGAACUGAGACUUCAUCAUCCACAUAUUUUUAGUUCUUCUUGCUAAGAGAACGAGAAACUCUGACACAACAGUACAUCCUGACCAUUGGUACUGUGUACACAUCAACAUACACACACGUCUCCAUGCUGGACAUCUCAGGAGCUUUCACACACAGUGCUAGGAAUAUCCCGGGACAGAGAAACGCACCUCCUAAGUGAGCGAGUUUAGCGUCAACCGGUGAAAUUUGCUGUAGCGUGAACACUUCGCCUCUGUGAGCUUCACUCUCCGUCAGGUUCACUGUAAUUAGACAUAAAAUGUACAUAAUGUUUAUUUUUCAUACAUUUAGGAUUUAAUGGGUUUUUUUUACUCUUCGAGGAGCAGAAAUGAUCUUUUGAGGCAGCUUCUUCAUCACUACCUGCUCCGUUUGUCUCAAAAAUGUAACGACCGGUUUCAAAAAGUCACGAUGUCUUCAGUUCAUGUGAUUUUACUGUUGAAUUUAAACAGGAAAUGUGAAAUAUUUUUUUCCUUUGUUUCCUCUACUGUCUUUUUGCUGUGAUCUUGAACACAGUUGUAUUUUUUUUUAAAUAAUAAAUAAAUGAUCAUUCUAGUUCUCUCACUUUCCUUGUCCUAAUUGUCCUGUAUCUGUUAAAUCCGUUUCAUCUCUGGUCUUUCUGUCUGUAUUAACAUUUGUAGAAAUGACUUGUAGUCCAUAUUUUUAAAUGAUUCAUGAUUUUGAAUUUAAAUAAAGAUAUUCUUUAAUUCUGUAUUUUGUCGUUUAAUUAUCAUUAGAAAUCAGAAGAUCAGAUUAAAGCCACGGCUUCUUUACCUGCCGAAGCUGUAAAACUUUCAAUAAACCAGUCAAUAGAUCAGCUGGAUAAAUGUAGAUUUUUAUUUACUGAUUAGAUGUAUUGAUGGUGUUGAUAGAUUAUUUGAAGAUUUUUAUUGAUCUUGAACAAUCAUUCAGUUAAAUAUUUUUUUAAAAAACUUGAUAAAUAGUUGAUUAAAUAAAUGUAGUGUAAUGUACUGAGUCAAAUAUGAAAACUACAAAUAAAUAAAAUAUAUUUAUAUCUGUGUAUAAUUAAAAACCUCACUUAAUACAAGAAAUUCAUAUCCUAAAUGUUGCAAGUGAUUAAUCUGAUCAUUUUAUUCACCUGUUUAAUUAUUACUUUCUAAAUAAUAAACAAAUGAAUGUUCUGGAUUCAUGAGGAAUGUUUACAUUUUGUGUCCAAACUCAAAAGUUUAAACAAAGUGUAUAUUUAUGAUAAUAAAGCACAAAGAACGUGAAACCUCAACACGUCUACAAUCAUCGAUGAAUUAAAUAUUAAUUAAAAAAAUUAAAUUAAACAAGAGUAAGAUGAAGUAUAUUUUUAAUUAAAAUGUAAUUAGAAAGGAGCACUUUUAAAGUGGAUUUGAUUUAAAAUAAUGAUAAAGCUGUUUUUUUUAUGUAUUUGUAUAUCUUAUCCUCUAUCGUGUUUAAGAAGAAGAGAAUAAAGAAGCUUUUUAUGAAAUAAUAUUUGGGUUUAUUUUAUUUUCUCCUCACAGAUUCAAAUUUACGUCAACAUCCGUUACGUUGGUGACGUCACCGCGAGCGCGAGAAGUCGAAGUGAGGAGCAGAAAGCGUUGUUAGUGUUAGUUCUGGCCCGUUUGGACCCAAACUAAAGUGUAUCAGUAUGAAGCAGGCGGUGACGGCGCACUGAUUCACUCUCGGAGCUCGGUUCACUAAUGACCGAAUCACCGAGGAACUGACCAAAGAUAACUCACACCCGCACGGAGAAGAAGAACAAGAGGAGGAGAAGAUGAGCUGGAGUGGGGCAAAGAGAACUGCAUUCAGAUCAAACGGUGGCUGAGUCGUUUGAGGAUCUGAAGAAUUGAGUGUCACAAUUCAACAUGCACAUCAGCGAAACUUCUCCCUCUGACUACACCGGCGCGCGCACACAGAAAUUCAUAGUGCAGGUGGCGAUUGCAGGCGCAUUUUAUCCGAACUGCUUCCUCCAGGGAACUGUGGACGAGGAGCUCGCCUCCAAGGAGCUCUAUGGAAAUGACCCCAGGACCACCGUAGUGGGCCUAUGUAGAGUUCUACCGCUCGUCAAUGAGAGGUUCUGGCGUUCUCCCAGAGGUCUCUCUGUCUCUCCUCCUCGCGCAGCAGAGACUUCCUCUCCAUCUCAACGUUUAACCCGCUGGAGAGGUGGAGACUUGGGCAGGGGGGUCAUCGAAGUGGGGCAUUUCUGGGGUUUCCAGGCUCACGAGGCAAGUCUGGAGAAACAGAGGUGGCUGACAGUGGCCGUUAAUACACGGGCGCUCCGCCCACUUCCUGUCUCACUUUAUCCAAAUCUUCUGUGUCUCGCCCCUUUCUCUGAAACUCACACCAAACCUGGGAACUACUACAGAGCCAAAAUACUGCAUGUCAUGGGGAGUAAUGUGGAGGUGUUCUUUGUGGACUUUGGAAACACUUCCAAGGUGCCAUGUAACUCUCUCUGGAACUUCCUGCUGACCGGCAAGCUCUGCCCUUUCAGCUUAAACAAGAAAAGAUUGGUAUCUGGAUCGGUAUCAUCUGUAAAAAUCCUGAUCGGAGCAUCCCUAAUGAACACCAUUAAACUAAAGCGCUUUGCAUCUGACGGGUAAAUGAACUCACCCAAUCACAUCCUAUAUGAGAUUAUUCAGAUAUCUACACAAUACACACAGAGCGGUUCGAGAACUGACUCCAGCCCAGAACCAUGACAGUGGAAAUGUCUAAUAGUGCAGCUUUAAAUAUAUUUAAGAGGAGCAGACUUCAAACACUGAACAUUGAGGUUUAUUGUAUUUGUUUACAAGGUAAACAGGUUAACGGUUGUUUUGUGCAUACAGUCUGUAAAAUGAACUGAAAAUAUUAGAUUUAGUUUAUCAGAAGGUAAAUUAAUGUGUCAUGGCUCACACGAUGUUCCUAAAUUCUGUCAUAAUUGACCAGCUCAAGUUUUCUCAUGCCUACUUAUAUUUACUUAUAUUGUGGCACAUUAAUGUUACCAUCUCUAAAAUAAAAAAAAGAAAAGAAAAAAUGUUUAAAAAACAAAAAAAACCCUAAACUUCAACUGUGCUCCUAAAUUCUUGUAAUUAGGAGCACAAGUGCUCCUAAAAGAAAUUGUCUUGCGUCUCUCCUCCUGUAAACACUGUUAAAGAUUUGUAAAUGAUCAGGAAUGUAGCACAACAUGGAGGUGAAAGCAGUGGUCUGUUCAUUUAAAUGUGAAAGUGCAAUAAAAAUAUGUUGUCCCUAAAAUCAAUGAAUAAUCGAGAUCUCAGUAUUGAUCAAAAUAAUCGUGAUUAUCAUUUUGGCCAUAAUCGUGCAGCCUACCUGCAUUAUUAGAUAAAAAUCUUAAAAAUUCAUGUGACAUGGACGUUAAAGUCAUUUGCUUAUGUCAUGUUUCAUGUAGGUUAUUUUUGCAGGAAUGAUGCCGUUUGUCAAGUCAUGUCGGAUUUCCCAUGUUAAAUCAUAGCACUUUUUCUCUGUCGGCACCACAUACGUGUUUGGGACGUAUUUUCUCAGAGGCUUUGGCUGUAAAUAAUUAAAUUACACACACAAAACGUCAUUUUUAUAAAAAUGCAUGCGAUUUAAAAAAAAAAAAAAAAACUCCUUCAUACAAAUAUGAAUCAUCUGGAUGUAACUUACAGGCGGAGGCUAGUAUGCAAAUUUUUCGUGAAGAUUGAAAAAACAAGUGUAUUAGUCACAUGACACUCUAAGAAACAAAAAGAGUAACGGUACCUGGGUGGACGAGUGUAGCUUUUUACGUUUCCCUCCAGGGAAAUGAAACCUCCCCCACUCCUUCUGGUAGAAGAAAUACCUGAGUGAGAGGAAAAGGACUUUUUAAAGAUAUGACCAAUAUAUGGUCAAAACACUUACAGACAUGAGCAUAUUGGUGGCGUUUGUCCAAAAAGCUUACCUUCCAACACGAUCUGUUUUUUUCAGUUCACUUUUGUUUGGACGAUCGUAGCGCUUCUUCUCUGUUGGCAACACACACCUCUUUAGGAUGUAUUUUCUUGGAGGCUUUGGCUGUAAAUAAUUAAAUUACACACACAACGUAAUUUUUUUUUAUAAAAAAAAUCCUUAUAUAGGAUUUCCCCCCGUAUAAUCUCAACGCAAAAGUUGAUGAUUUCCGUCAUGAGAUCGUGUUUGUUCUUCACGAACAGUACAAUGUCUCUAAAGUACAGGGAAAAUACGUUUUCUAUUUAAAGUAAUUAUUUAAACAGAGUGAAUUUGGAAGUGUCAUGCUUAAAAACAAGCUUAUUUAUUUAUUUAUUUAUUUAUUUAUUUAUUUAUUAAUGAAAGGCAAAGCUGUUUUAAGAACAUAAUCCUAAAAUCCACUAAAAAGUGGGCAAAGUGGAGUGUACUCUGAAUGUUUUUUUGGGACAGAAAUGUAUGGUACAGUUAUAGUAGACUACAUACACACUAAGUACUAAUACUUAUGUUCAGUAGUAUGUGAACAGUUUAUGUAAUUAUAAACGUACAAAUGAUAGUUUAUUGACAUUUUAAAUGAGUCGGUGGACAUAAGUAUCCACUAGGUGGCAGCAGUGCAGCUGUUAUAUCGCCUCACUGAGCAGUCUAGUGCUGUCUGAAACCUCUCCCUAGAUCUUUUCACAUUAUCAAUAGGUGAUGUGUGUAUGCUAUAAGGCUGGUCUGUUUCAUCUCCUUUAACUAGAAUGACUAUUGUCCCAUGGCCUGUAGGGGGGUUGUGGAAUAUAUCCUUACAAUUACAGGGGUCUCUGGCUAGAAGAAGCACUUUUCAGCCCUCAGAAUGUCAUGGAAACAAUCUUUCCAGCCUAAGUUAAAAUAAAACUUCAGAGACAGAGGGUUUGUAGAUGCCAGAGAUGGAGGUCGAGGGGACCAUGAAGAGGUGGCUCCAGCUGGCAUCAGAUCGAGAGUGUGGGCGCAAGAGCAGACUUUUGAUAAAGGAGGGUAUUUACAGUGUUUUAACUGGUGUGUUUUUUGCGCUAUUAUUAAUUUGUUAAAAUGUUCAUAUUAUAGUCUAUUUUUAAUUGUUUAUAAAAGUCCUUGCUUUUUUCAAGUGGCUGAAUUAGUGCGCGUGUGUGUGUGUGUGCGCAUGUGUGUGUGUGUGCGCAUUGGUAGCUGGGUGGGUAUAUAGUUGUGGUCGGAUGUUGACAUACCCCUUGCAGGAAAAAGAGACCCUGUGUAAUCUGUUUAACAACCGUUUUUUUCUCGACUUUUACGCAUGUUUUGCAGAGAGAUCAUUUUCACCUUGCUGUUUGGGUCUCUGUCCCACACUGUUACAAUGCAGUAUUGAGAGAGCGCGAGGGAGAUCGAUUUUCUAUCAGAAACAGUAACUAUAUAAAAUGGACGUCAACACGCACCACUCUGUGAGGUCAUUUCUCGCUCUCAACAGAGUAGUUGUGAUUGUUUAGUGUUUACGACAGGGCCAAAACAUUCAAGGCCAUGGUGUAUUUUGACUGUUCCUGUAGCAUAAUCUCACCAAACUGUGUGUACAUGAGUCCACAGACACUGAGUCUAUUCACAGUUCCAUGCUGUAUAGAUGUUCUGCUCAUCCUCACUGUACCGUAAAGGUCAGAACCUCACAUCUGUAACCUUGUAGCUUUCCUUAAUAAACACGACUGCAACCAAGCUUGUGUAUCACUACUAUUUUUAGAUCUCCGUCUCUCAAAAGUAUUGGCGCCCUACGCGUCCGGCUCUCAAAUCUAUUGGCGCCCUACGCGU